AUGUCUGGAGCCAUUGGUCUGAGCCAACAAGGCGUCGAGCUCGCCAACAUCAUGCGCAGCACCGAAGACGUCGAGCGCAAGACCAAGAUCUUCUGCACGCUCGGCCCCGCCUGCUGGUCGCAAGACGGCAUUGGCGAGCUCAUUGACGCCGGCAUGAACGUCGCCCGCUUCAACUUUUCCCACGGCGACCACGCGAGUCACGCCGAGACGCUCAACCGCCUUCGCGGCGCGCUGGCCAGUCGUUCGCACAAAAAUGUAGCCAUUAUGUUGGACACGAAAGGGCCGGAGAUCCGGACGGGCUUUUUCGCCAAUCACGACAAAGUCACGAUCCAGAAAGACGCCAUUGUGGAACUGACCACGGACUAUGACUUCCUGGGCGACGAGACCAAGAUGGCGUGUUCGUACUCGGAGCUCCCGCAGUCGGUGCAAGUGGGCGGCACCGUCCUCGUAGCGGACGGCUCGCUCGUCCUCACGGUGGUGGAAAUCAAGCCUGACGGGAUCGUUACGCGUGCUAAUAACACGGCGACGCUCGGCGAGCGCAAGAACAUGAACCUGCCUGGGUGCAAAGUGCUGCUCCCGACGCUGACGGAGAAGGACGAGGACGAUCUCGUGAACUUUGGCCUCAUGCACGGCGUCGACUACAUUGCCGCGUCGUUUGUCCGCACGGGGCAGGACGUUGACAACAUCCGCAAGGUGCUGGGUCCACGCGGUCGGAGCAUCAAGAUUAUUGCCAAGAUCGAGUCGCUCGAAGGCUUGGAAAACUUUGACGAGAUCUUGACCAAGACGGACGGCAUUAUGGUCGCUCGUGGCGACUUGGGCAUGGAGAUCCCGCCGGAAAAGGUCUUUCUCGCACAGAAGAUGAUGAUCCGUAAAGCCAAUAUUGCUGGCAAACCUGUCGUGACGGCCACGCAGAUGCUCGAAUCUAUGAUUUAUGCCCCGCGACCGACUCGUGCCGAGUGCACAGAUGUGGCUAAUGCCGUGCUGGAUGGCACGGAUGCUGUGAUGCUGUCGGGGGAGACGGCAAACGGCGAGUACCCUACCGAGGCUGUGACGAUGAUGGCCAAGAUCUGUGUGCAGGCGGAGGGUGCUAUCCACUACGAUGAUGUGUACCAAUCGCUGCGUAAUGCUGUUUUGGACACGUACGGACCGAUGUCUACGCAAGAGGCAAUUGCGUCGUCGGCGGUGAAGACCGCUAUCGAUAUCAAGGCCAAGAUGAUUGUGGUGCUAACGGAGUCAGGAAGCACCGCGCGGUUGGUGUCCAAGUUCCGUCCAUCGAUGCCUGUGCUGGUGCUGACGGCCAUGGCUGGCAGUGCUCGCCAGGCCGAGGGCUUUUACAAGGGCGUGAGGGCUCGCUGCAUGGGAUCGAUGAUCGGCACCGACUCGAUCUUGUACCGCGCGACGGACUUGGGCAAGCAGUAUGGCUGGGUGAAAUCUGGCGACAAUGUUGUUGCCCUCCACGGCAUGGUGGAAGCCCGCUCGGGCUCGACCAACAUGCUGAAGGUGCUUACUGUAGACUAG